AUGCCCAGCCACCAGCCUUCUGUGCUGCCGAUGCGUCAGCCUCCAGCGUCAGCUCCAGCUCCCGUCACCACCACCACCACCACAGCCGCAUCCCCCAAAUCAAAGAACUUCAUCCUCGCCGACAUGGACGGCCGCACACCCCGCGAGAAUCGCGCUUGCGCGAGCUGCAUCUCCAAGCUGACGUCCAGCGAAAUCGGCCAGGUCAACUGGCAUCUCGCACAGGACCAAGCCUGCCGCCUCUGCCAAGUCGCACAAUGCAAACCCGAGGCCUUCACCAAGCCAUUCUGCGACUUCCUGCAGGAGAAUCCCACCGUGUUCCACACCGUCGACUACUUCAAGCGCAAGUUGAGUGACAGCGGCUUUGAAGAGCUCUCCGCGCGAGACUCUUGGAAUGGAAAACUUCACCCCGGAGGCAAGUAUUGGGUCACUCGCAACGGCAGCACCAUCAUCGCCUUCACCGUCGGCGCCGCCUACAAGCCCGGCAGCGGCGUGGCCAUGAUCGGCGGGCACAUCGACGCCCUCACCGCGCGCCUCAAGCCCAUCAGCAACCGGCCCAGCAAAGCAGGCUACGUGCAGCUCGGCGUGGCCCAGUACGCCGGCGGUCUCAACCAGACCUGGUGGGAUCGCGACCUCAGCAUCGGCGGCCGCGUCGUGGUCCGCGACCCCGAGACCGGCAAGACGUCCACCAAGCUCGUCAAGCUCGACUGGCCGAUUGCCAAGAUCCCCACGCUCGCGCCUCACUUUGGCGUCGGCAUGUUUGGCAACAACAACAAGGAGACGCAGGCCGUCCCCGUCAUCGGGCUCCAGAGCUCGUCCCAGCAGGACGCCGAGCCUCUCGGCCCCGAGGGCGCCUUUGUCAACACCCAGCCGCCCAGGCUCGUGCAGCUCAUCGCCAAGCAGCUCGGCAUCACGAGCUACGCCUCCAUCCUCAACUGGGAGCUCGAGCUGUACGACAGCCAGCCUGCGCAAACAAUGGGCAUGGACAGGGAGUUCAUCACGGCCGGCCGGAUCGACGACAAGCUCUGCUCCUGGGCCGCCCUGACAGGUCUCCUUGCCGCCGACACCAACCCCGACGACAGCUACAUCAAGCUCGUCGCGCUCUUCGACGACGAGGAAAUCGGCUCCUUGCUUCGGCAGGGCGCCCGCAGCAACUUCCUCCCCAUUGUCGUUGAGCGCACCGUCGAGGCCCUCAACCCAUCCACCUACGGGCCCGGCCUCCUCGGCCAAACGUACGCCAAGUCGUUCCUCCUCUCGGCGGACGUCACCCACGCCGGCAACCCCAACUUCCUAGAGACAUAUCUGGACGGCCACGUGCCGCAGCUGAACGUUGGCAUAGCCAUCUGCGGCGACUCCAACGGCCACAUGACCACAGACGCCGUGUCGACCGCCAUACUGCGAAGGGUAGGUGAGAUUAUCGGUGCCAAGACCCAGGAUUUCCAGAUCCGCAACGAUUCGAGGAGCGGUGGCACAAUCGGUCCUUCCUUGUCAAGCGCCAUGGGCUGCAAGGCCGCAGACGCCGGGCUGGCGCAGUUGAGCAUGCAUUCUGUUCGCGCGACGACGGGUGCCCUGGACCCUGGCUUGGGCGUCAAGUAUUUCAAGGGAUUCUUGGACUUGUGGGAGCAAAUAGACGGGGAGUGGUCCUGA